GUACUGGCGUAGGAGGGCUUUGUGGGUUGUUUUGGUUUCGGAGGUAGCACAUGGAGGCAACGGGGGAUCUCAUUUGAAGCAACUUCAGGACGACCCUUUUACCAAGAACGCAUUAUCCUCCAAAUUAUGUCAGCUACAGGUCAGGCCAGCGGGAGCCGGGAUAUACCGGCAGUGAGGCGCGUCGCCGUCCUGGAGGCUGCCCACAUGCCCCAUGAGUACUCCACGACCCCCGGGGGGACCGUGUUCAGCACCACGCCCGGAGGAACUCGAAUCAUCUACGACAGGAAGUUCCUACUUCAGUGUCGCACCUCUCCCCUGGCUUGCACGCCUCCGAAGCUCCCAGACAUCCCGGGAGUCACUAGGCCCCUCAAACGGGAAUCCUCCUCUGAGAUCUGCCAACCGGGAAUGAGUGAGAGCGGUCAUACUGAGCACAGCCAACAUUCAGAGGGUGCAGGAGAAGAUGCCCAGUUUGACAUGGAUAUUUGAAGAGGAUCAGAACUAUUCCUAGCAUCUUCACCAUAGUUGCGUUGUGAGUGUAGACAAUUUUUUUUUUUUUUUAAGUUGAAUUAAAACAUAGCGAGUGUGAAAUCUAAAAUUAGGUUCCUUCAAGGAAAUUAUAUUUUAUUAGAACCAUUCAGGCCUUAUUGAAAAUGUUGUGGCAUACAUAAUGGGCGCUGCCAAAAUCCGUUUUAACUUAGCUUAAUAUUAAUUAUAAUAUAUACUGUAAUAUUGUGAUUCAGCAGCGGUUUUUAUAAUGUUUAAGUGGAAUAUUGCU